AAAACCCUAAAAUUCAUCUGACAGACAUACCAACCGUCAUUUCCCCUCCCCAAAUUGCCACUAUAGGUGGCUGUCACGCGUUUGUAAAUCAUCUCUUUUUCCUUUCUAUUCGAAAAAGUAAAAAUGGUUGUUAUUAAGUCAAUUUCAAGUAGCGACGCUCCGGCGAUGGCCAGAAGAAGCAGCUCUCGGAUCGAGAAGCUGGAAAAACAGAAAUUGGAGAAUAAGCGAAAAGUUAAGGAGGAGGAGGCUCUUGCUAAGCCGUCUAAGAAGAAGAAAAUGGUUGAGAAAAAGGUGUUGUCGCCGCCGAGUAAUUAUAAAAUUGUGUCGGAGGUUGAAUCGGUUGCGGAGGUGAAUGUGGGUGUAGCUGUCGAGGCGUCGACUGAACCGGCUGUGGAGAAAAGUGUUUAUGCUACUGUGAAGGAUACAAUUAGGGCUUUUUAUAAGAACUUUUUGUAUUUUGUUCAGGAAGAAGAGAAAAGGUGCAAGAAGGACGGAGAUGAUAAAAAAAACACAAAGAAACCAAUGUCCAAGGAGGAGAAACAAUCGGCAAAGAAAUCAAAAUCUGAGAAUCAGGAUGCCGAGAAAGAGCGUAAUAAGGCUAAAAGACCUGAUCUUAAGGCUUUAAAUUUGAUGAUCACAUCCAAUACCACGCUCUCUCGUGGAAAUAGGAUAGGAUCAGUCCCAGGGGUUGAUGUCGGGCACCAAUUUUUUUCGAGGUGUGAGAUGGUUACUGUAGGUUUCCAUAACCAUUGGCUAUGUGGAAUUGAUUACAUUGGGUCUAGUAAACAAAAGGAAUAUCCUCAAUAUAAACUUCCAAUUACUGUGGCCAUAGUGAUGUCAGGAAUGUAUGAAGAUGACUGUGAUAAUUCCGAGGAUGUAGUGUAUACGGGUCAAGGUGGUAAUGACUUACUUGGCAACAAACGUCAGAUAAAAGAUCAAGUAAUGACUCGUGGUAAUCUUGGGUUGAAGAAUUCCAAGGAGCAAAAUGUGCCGGUCAGAGUUAUCCGAGGGCAUUCAUCCCAAUCAAGCUAUGUGGGUAAAGUAUACACAUAUGAUGGAUUAUACAAGGUAGUUGGUUACUGGGCAGAGAAAGGGUUGUCGGGAUAUACUGUUUACAAGUUUAAACUUAGGCGAAUUGAAGGGCAGCCUCCUCUUUUGACUGAACAGGUUUACUUCACUCGAGGACGCAUUCCAAAUGAAGUUUCCGAAUUACAAGGGCUGGUAUGCGAGGACAUCUGUGGAGGCCUUGAGGAUAUUCCCAUUCCAGCUACUAAUAUGGUCGACGAUCCACCUGUCCCCCCUACUGGCUUAACUUAUAUCAGGUCCUUGCAAGUUGCAAAGAAUGUCAUAGUUCCUGAGGUUGCUACUGGUUGCAAGUGCAAGGGCAGUUGCACUGACCCAAGAAGCUGUGCAUGUGCUAGGUUGAACGGGUCUGAUUUUCCUUAUGUACAUCGUGAUGGUGGAAGGCUGAUUGAACCAAAGGCUGUUGUGUUUGAAUGCGGCCCAAACUGUGGUUGUGGGCCAGGCUGUGUAAACAAAACAUCCCAAAGAGGGUUGAAGUAUCGAUUGGAGGUGUACAAGACGCCAAAAAAGGGAUGGGCAGUUCGGUCGUGGGAUUUUAUACCCUCUGGUGCUCCUGUUUGCGAGUAUAUUGGUGUGUUAAAGAAUACUGAUGAUGUCGAAUCAAAUCCCGAAAAUAACUAUAUUUUUGAUAUUGACUGCCUUCAUACAAUGAAAGGCAUUGGAAGAAGAGAGAAGCGGGUUGGGGAAGUAGCCUUGCCAUCGUUGCUAUUGGGUAAAGAGGAUGAGAAGGACAGUGGACCAGAAUUCUGCAUUGACGCGGGAACCACUGGAAAUGUGGCACGCUACAUCAAUCAUAGCUGCCAACCAAAUCUCUUUGUGCAGUGUGUGUUAAGUAAACAUCAUGACCUCACCCAAGCUCGAAUUGUUCUUUUUGCUGCUGACAACAUACAACCACUGAAGGAGUUGACCUAUGAUUAUGGUUAUGAAUUGGAUAGUGUGAUGGGUCCAGAUGGUAAGAUUAAGAAGCUUGAUUGCUUUUGUGGGGCGCCGGAUUGUCGGAAGCGGCUGUUUUAAGAUAUUCACCCAUAACUUUUGGAUGUUGUGUUGAUAAUAUUUUUGUGGAAGAAAUUCCUGAUUUUGUGGAUAGGCAACUGAUGUAAAAAAAGGAUAGGUCUGACACGUACCCUGGGAGAACCCUUGGGGUCGAAAACAGUUGAAAACAUGAUUGUCACUGUCCUUGGGCAGUGCAUUGCCAAUUAUUCUUGGGGAAUUUAUCUUAGAAUAUUUCCCUGAGCCUUUUGUUAGUAUAUUAACGAAACUUUUAGCUAUUGCUUUUCUUCUA